AUGCCGCGAGCGCCUCGGGCAGUCAGGAGCGAUCGCCGCGAAUCCCCUGUUGUGAGAUCCGUGGCAGACAGCAAGCAUCUAGGCACUCGACAAGCGAAAGCAGCCCGUUGGCAUCCUUUGGCUCAGACACGUGUUCAGUCCAUUGACUGUAGUGCAUCUUCAUAUCCAUCCUCAUGGAGGAACAGUUGCGAAUUGCUGCCCAAGGCAGCGAAGAAGCCACCCAGGAAGAGAAGCAGCCCUGGACGGCUCAUAGAGUUGGGCUUACGGAGCGGCCUGCACUUCCAGGUGCCCUCGAAGCCUGGAGACUCGGCAUCGCGAGAGUCUGAGGAGGAAGACGGAGCAGCAAGAGCUUUGACGACGCAGCAGAUUGAAGACCAUGUAACUUUACAGUCUGCAGGCGGAGAUGUCGGGCGGAAGCUCCUGAGGCAGCUGAAGAUGCUGCUCCUGAGGCUGAACCUCAGGGUCAGCAUCUUCAGCUGCCUCAGGAACUUGAUCAAGUUUAAGGCCCUGCCUACAGAAGUUCGAAAAGAGGUGCUGGAGCAUCUCCACUUGCAGCAUCUCCUGGAGGGUGAUGCUGCGCCACAGGCAGCUCCGGAGGCUGCGCCCAGAACCUCACCUAAGAGGGCGCCGCCGGCCUCGCAGGAGGCUCCGCCUAGGCCCUCACAGAAGAAGAUGCGACGGCCUGCUGCCGCCACUGGACACUGA